AUGUCACCAUCUACAAUGCAGCAAUGGAAGCUCACCUCGACCGGAAGUUACGACAAUUUGAAGUUGGAGAAAGAACAACCGGUGCAAGAGUUAGGGGAGAAUGACAUUCUGGUGAAUAUCAAAGCGGUAUCGUUGAAUUAUCGAGACAUAUCGAUUGUGCAGGGCACAUACCCUUUCCCUCUCAAAGACGUUGUCGUCCCAAUCUCCGAUGCCGCUGGCGUCGUAGAGGACAUUGGAUCCCGAGUCAGUAGAUUCAAGAAGGGAGACAAGGUCAUGCCUACUUUCCACCAAGCCAACCAGCCAGGCAAACCUUCUCUUGGCGGUCCAAUCGACGGUGUAGCCAGAGAGUACAUCGUUGUAAGCGAGCUCGAUGCGGCACUUAUGCCCAAAGACUAUAGCUUUGAGGAAGGAUCUACAUUACCCUGUGCAGCUUUAACAGCCUGGGACUCGCUCUUUGGACUAGAGGGAAGAACUUUAAAGCCUGGAGAUUGGGUGUUGACUCAAGGUACCGGGGGUGUUUCCAUCUUUGCUUUGCAAUUCGCUAAGGCUGCUGGCGCUACUGUAGUGUCCACCACAUCAUCCUCUGCCAAGGCUGAGAAACUCAAGGCAUUCGGUGCUGAUCACAUUAUCAAUUACAAAGACGACUCGGAUUGGGGUAAGACCGCAAAAGGUCUAACUCCUGGUGGUCUCGGGUUUCAACACAUCAUUGAGAUUGGUGGCCCAGGAACACUCCAACAAUCCUUGAAUGCAAUUGGAAACCAAGGUGUCAUUUCCAUCAUCGGUUUCGUCGCCGGAAGCGGUGACAGUAUGCCUACGUUGCUCGACUGCCUCAAGUAUCAAUGCAUAGCCAGAGGUAUAUUCGUAGGAAGCCGAGAACAAUGUGAAGAUAUGGUAAAGGCAAUUAACAGCAACGGAAUCAAACCCGCUGUAGACCAGAAAGUCUUCGAUUUCGACAAAUUACCAGAUGCUUACCGAUAUAUGGAGUCUCAGAAGCAUUUUGGUAAGGUAGUAGUCACGAUCUAG